AUGCAUGAGUUAUUUUUGACUUCUCAUAUCGCCAACGAUGACCUCUCAAGAACGGUCCGGAUUCUCCAAGGCUACUGCGGGAUGAAGCCAGUGUCUCUCAUUGAAAGGCGCUUGAUGUGGGAAGGCCCACGUGCCCGCACCAAUCUGAAAGGCAUAGAUCCAGGUUUCCUCAUGAGACAACCGCCGCAGCUGGCACCAGUAUGGCGAGGUCUCCACGAGCAGCUGGUGAGGCAAUCAUACAUCCUCACAUUGAUAUACGAUGUCACUCGAGAUUUUGGUCAAGCAGAGGCAAAUGGCAAUGAAGAGAAACCAGUACUAGAUUGUGACCAAUUACCAGGGACUCUCAGAUGGAGUGAUCUUCCUGACCCAGGAGUAAAUAGGCCAGUAAACACAAGGCCAAUAAUCAGUAUCGAGGAGCAGAGGGGACUGUGUACAAUCAUGCAAUCUAUGGGACACCGGUUCAUCAAAGAAAUUAUCCAAGAAUGCUACAGAUUCAUAAACAACAAUGUCGUCUUCGAAUUAAGCCGUUACCUUCAGCUUCCGGACCACGCUGGGAAUAAGCAACAGCGAAAGAUUAGUACCCAUUUACCCCCUUUCCAGUCUCUCGUUGCCUUCGAUUUGGAAAAUAAGUGGAUUUUGACGGCCAGUGUGAGAGUUGCAAAUGGGAAUGACCCGGAUCAGAUGCAGCAAGGUAUCGGGGAGCUGACAACUGUCAAGACGGAAUUCGAGGGCUGCUUUGACCUUCAUAUGGUCGACCGUCAUACUGUUGAUACCAGGGUCAAAAUCUGA